GCUUUUUCAGUUCUAGUCUUUCUUGUCCGUAAACAAAUAAAUAAAAGCUACAUCAAAGAAGAAACAGAGAGCGAAAGAGAUAGAGAAGAGCGAGAGACAAAUGGAGGAAGGUGGAUUGCAGGAGAAGUUAAUAGUGGAGAAGAAGGGUAGCAGAAAAGAAGAAGAAGAAGAAGAAGAAGAAGGAGGCGACAACGAAAAGCUGAGCAGACGUUUGUGGGAGGAGAACAAGAAACUAUGGAAGGUUGCUGGGCCUUCUAUAUGCACAAGAUUCUCCACCUUCGGCGUCACAGUUAUCAGCCAAGCCUUCGUCGGCCACAUCGGCGCCACCGAGCUCGCCGCCUAUGCCCUCGUCUCCACCGUCCUCAUUCGCUUCUCCAAUGGCAUCCUCUUGGGCAUGGCAAGUGCACUUGAAACUCUCUGUGGCCAAUCCUAUGGUGCAAAACAAUAUCACAUGCUAGGAAUUUACCUACAAAGAUCAUGGAUUAUUCUUUUCAUUUGCAGUCUCUUCAUCCUCCCUAUCUUCAUCUUCACCACCCCUCUCUUAAAGCUAAUUGGACAAGAAGAUUCCAUUGCAGAAAUGGCAGGCACUAUUUCCAAAUGGUUCAUACCAGUAAUGUUCUCCUACAUCUGGGCUUUCACUCUUCAAAUGUAUCUUCAGUCUCAAAGCAAGAAUAUGAUCAUCACAUAUUUGGCUGUGUUGACACUUGUUCUUCAUAUUAGUCUCUCAUGGUUCACUACUAAGAUACUUGGUCUUGGACUGGUUGGAGUCAUGAUUUCAGUGAUCAUUGUUAUGUGGAUUCCAGCAUUCGGUCAGCUCGGCUUUGUCUUCUUCGGGGGAUGUCCUGAGACCUGGAAGGGCUUCUCUUUUAGUGCUUUCAAGGAUCUUUGCUCUAUCACCAAGGUUUCAUUGUCAUCUGGUGUCAUGCUAUGCUUAGAGCUUUGGUAUAAUACCCUUCUGGUUCUUUUAACUGGAUACAUGAAGAAUGCUGAGGUUGCUCUUGAUGCCUUGUCAAUAUGCCUCAACAUUAAUGGGUGGGAGAUGAUGAUCGCUUUUGGUUUUAUGGGUGCUGCAGGUGUUAGAGUGGCAAAUGAACUUGGAGCUGGAAGUGCAAAGCGUGCAAAAUUUGCAAUUAUUAAUGUUGUGGUGACUUCCCUCAUCAUUGGAAUAAUACUGUUCACAUUCUUUUUGAUCCUUAGAGGAAAACUAGCUUAUAUAUUUACCGAGAACUCAGAAGUAACCAGAGCUGUCGCAGAUCUUUCACCUUUAUUAUCUUUCUCUAUUCUUCUCAACAGCGUUCAGCCAGUUCUUUCAGGGGUUGCUAUUGGUGCUGGCUGGCAAGGAGUGGUUGCAUAUGUAAAUAUAGCGUGCUACUACUUUAUAGGCAUUCCUCUUGGUAUUGUGCUUGGUUAUGUUGUUGGCUUCCAUGUUAAGGGAAUAUGGAUGGGAAUGAUACUUGGUGUAGUGGUCCAAACAAUAGUGCUGCUGUACAUCACAACAAGAACUGAUUGGGAGAAGCAGGUUGUUCUCUCAAAGGAACGUAUAAACAAGUGGUAUAUGAAGGAAGAAAGUAAAGACGAAGAGUCUUAAGUAGAGUGAUUUAAUUUCUGUAUUAUUUCUCUUUAAAUCAAGUUUUGAGACAUCAAUGAUCAAUUAUUAUUUUGCUCCUUGUAAUAUUCAAAAAGCAUGAACGCUGAUCUAAUAAUUUCUCAAUGAAUGACUGUGCGUUCAUAAUU